AUGCGAAUACAAGACGUCGAACCACAGGGUUCAGUGGUAUACAAAGUGCCACACGACUUUCCGGGGGCGAGAUGGCCGAAGUGGUUAGAGCGCGAAUUUACUGACCGGAAGGUCCAUGGUUCGAACCCGACCUCUGCUUCUCGACUUCCCCUGUCUAGGCUUGGGCAACCUGGCAGUAUCCCAGCCCUCGUGCUUCCUUCGGGUGGCAUGGCAGCUAGGCACCGAAAGGCUGUAGCACCCCUCCGGUGCUUAGCUGCCUUGCCACACGAAGGAGGCACAAGGGCUGGGAUACUGCCAGGUUGCCCAAGCCUAGGCAGGGGUCGGGCUCGAACCAUGGACUUUUCGGUCGUAAGACUUUGGCUUGUGAACCUGGAUUUCGCUCUGGUUGGUAGCAGAGAAGUUAAAAAAUCGAAAUCGUUCAGCUCUAACACCCUUUCAGUGCCUAGCUGCCAUACCAUACGAACGAAGCACGAGGGCUGGGACACUGUCAGGUUGCCCAAGCCUGGACAGAGGAAGUCGAGAGGCAGAGAGUCGGGUUCAACCAUGGACCUUCCGUUCACGUCAGUAACGAAAACGACGCUGUUUUUGGUAGAUGAUGCUUUGACAUGCACAGAUCUGCCUUGUAUCGCUUACGAUUCUGGACAAACCUGUUAUUUGAGAAUCUCCUUGUGCGUAAAUGUACAUUCAUUCUUCAAGUGUCUUGUGUAA